UCUCUCUCUCUGUCUCACAGUCGCAAUAAAGACAACUUCUCUCUUUUAAAUGUCUCUCUGUCUCUUCUCUUCUUCUGGUUCAUCUUCUUCUUCUUCUUCUAACACAAUAAAGGAGGAAGCUUGAGAGACUCAUCAUCAUUCAAAUCAAAAUAGAUUCAAAAAUGGAGUUUCAUCUUGAACACCCUCUCUCAUAUUCUUCUCACCACAGUAACUCAUCUAAUGACGACGACACAGACGAUGAAACUUUACCACGCUCUCUCUUCCUCGUCGAGUUUCAACACAUGCCUUAUUCUCAUUACUUCCAUAGCCUCAAGUACUCUGCUUUCCUUGUCUCUAAUCGAAACCACUCCAUUUCUUCAAUCAUUCAGUAUUCAAGAAAAUUCGACGACCCAUCUCUGACGUAUCUUGCUGUGAAUUAUCUAGACAGGUUCUUGUCUAGUGAAGAUAUGCCGCAACCAAAGCCCUGGAUUCUCAAGCUUAUCUCUCUUUCUUGUGUCUCUUUGUCUGCCAAAAUGAGGAAGCCAGAUAUGUCUGUUUCUCAUCUUCCGGUGGAAGAAGGUGAGUUUUUUGAUGCUCAGAUGAUAGAGAGAAUGGAGAAUGUGAUUUUAGGAGCUCUUAAAUGGAGAAUGCGCUCUGUUACUCCUUUCUCCUUUUUCUCCUUUUUCAUUAGUCUCUUUGAGCUCAAUGAUGAUUCUUUAGUAACAAAACAUUCCCUCAAAUCUCAAGCCAUUGAUCUCACUUUCAAUCUUCAACAUGAUAUCAGAUUCCUUGAGUUUAAACCAUCGGUGGUUGCAGGCGCAGCACUUCUCUUUGCUUCUUUCCAGCUCUGUCCUCUACAGUUUCCAUGUUUCAGUAACAGAAUCUGCCAAUGCACAUAUGUAAAUAAGGAUGAGUUAAUGGAGUGUUACAAAGCAAUACAAGAGAGAGAUAUAGUUGAAGAAAACGAAGGAAGCACUGAAGCAGCAGUAAAUGUGCUUGACCAGCAAUUGUCGAGUUGUGAAAGCGAUAAGAGUAUCACAAUCACAGCUUCUUCACCUAAGAGGAGGAAGACUAGUAGUAGUACUCGUCGAUGUUAAGCUGAAAAAGGCGGUUUAUGGUCAAACAUAACCCCAGAUGAUUAAAAGAAAAAAACCACUUCUUCUGGUCCCCUUUAUGAAAACGACACUUGCUUCUUUCCUGUUUCUCCAUCCAUCUUCUUCUGCUUCAUUCAUAAUAAUAAGCCAUGGGAAGACAAGAGAGUGAUGAAUGAUCAAAGACGAAAUCUCGGGUUCCGUUCCAUUUCUUGUUCCUUUGGACCACAAAAACUCAAAUAAUCAAAUCUGUAGUAGUUAUCUAUCUACCUGUCUACUACUAAUCUAUCAUGUUCUGUAUUUUACAGUUUUGGUUUGUGGAGUUAAAAAGUUGUUUCAUUUGGUGGGGGAUGAGAGGAAUAAUCAAUAAAUAUUGUUCUUGUGUA